ACGUUGCCUUUGACAGGUCUGUUAUUACGUCGCUAUGAUGUAUGAGGAUCGGUGAAAUUUUGAUUUUUGAAUUGUCAUAUAUUCAUUUGAACGGGACCAUACACACAUGUUCUCGCACUGAGGGAGCGUCGUAGGUUGUAGUUGUCUUCAGCGGAGUACCAGAUUUUCAUCUUCUGAUUUACAAUAAGUCAAUAAAGAUGAGUACUAUGGGUGCUCUUUUGCGGCUAGCCCUGGCAGCUACCCUGUGUUACGUGGUGUAUUCCAAGAUGACCAUCAUAGACACUCCCGAGGAGCUUAAAACCUGUUUUGACCAGCCUCGUUUCAACACAAAGGAGACAGAUCCCCGUCUUGAUAACAUCCAUCAGUACUGUAUCCAAAAGUUCAGGUGGCAUCUCCAAAACAACAACCCAAACAUCACCCACGAGACAACUCACUGGAUUGAUGAGCUGUUACGUAUGGCCAACAAAGAGGCAAGAAAGAAGAGACAGGCAGGGGCAGAAAGAAGGAGAAAGGAAAUCAGAAGAGCUACAGACAAGGAGAGGACCGAUUUCUUCAGGGCCAUCAAUUUACUGAAAAGAGAUACAGAUGUCAAACCGAACCGUUUUGACGCCUUGGGUCUGCUCCAUCAGCAGAGAGGGGACGACGUCCAUCACGGUGCUGCUUUCCUCUCCUUCCACAGAGUUCUCCUCUUAAUAUUUGAGAACGCUCUCAGACAGAAAGUUCCAGGUGUCGCCCUUUUGUACUUCGACUCUCGUUUGGAUCAACCGUUGAGAGAUCCUACCAGAUCCAUCAUUUGGUCACCACAGUUCUUGGGAACAGUCAAAGGUCGCGUCACUGACGGACCGUUCCGAUUCUGGCAGACACCUGCUGGACCCUUAGUCAGGGCCGGAGGACACGAGGGAGAGUACUUUACUUACCGACACAUCAGGGCUGUAAUGACCAGAUCUCGUCUGGAAGAAAUCAGUGAACCACACGCCCCGCCACCGUUUGAUUUUGAAAUCAGACACGGUGACGUUCAUCAACAUAUUGGAGGUAUCAUGGCCCCCGCAGAAACAGCAGGGUUCGAUCCUGUAUUUUACAUGCAUCAUUGCUUUGUUGAUUACCUUUGGGAGGUAUUUAGAAGAAGUCAAAAGGAGAAGGGAGUUGAUCCAACUAGAGAUUAUCCCAACCGUUAUGGUACUGCCGCUCAUGCUCCCAAUGCUCUGAUGGGUCUAGGAAGACUUAGAAAUCUCCAUGGAAUGAGUGACAUGUACACCACCAGAAUGUACACAUACGAGCCUUCACCUACCUGCAGUUACAGAAGCCCAAGCUGUGGAUCUCGAUAUCUGACAUGCGAGUUCCGUUUUGGACGGCCUCAAUGCGUUACGUUGGAAAUGAUCACCCCUACCACUCCAACAGCGCCGUUCGGGUCUGCGACGAAUGGACAGCCCCAGCAACCACAGCGGCAGCGGACACCGGGCUUCCCUAAUUUCCCCGGAAGCACAUUCCCAGGUUUUCCACCUACUCGGAGGUUUACUGGAAGGAAGAAGAGACAGGCAUCAAGGGGGAAUGGACGGGGAAGGGGAAAUGGUGUCAUCGAUGGUAGCCUCAUGUCUAACCACGGACAAAACGUCUUGUCUCAGUUUGGACAAAAUGGGUUUACGCAAUUUGCACAAAAUAAAACACGCGAGAUGCGACAGAAGAAACAUGAAGUACGAAUGGGUUUUAAUCCACAUUAUGAAAACAACAUGGAUGUCUUCCAAAAGAUAACAACGGAGGACGAAAAAGAAAUCAUUCUUAGUCCGAUGACCAAUAUGUGUCCACCUACAGUGCCAACAAAUACUAUUCAAAACUUGUUUCAAAUGAAUGGAAUUUCUGACAGCAGAAUCUGGGUAUACAUACCUGUUCAGGUAAUUUACAAAAGACAAAGAGAACAAAUGGUAUUCGAGUCUUUCCCUAUUGAAGAAGGACAACUAGAUGUUGGAAAAGACAUCUACGACCCAACCCGAUAUCAGAGUCUGAAGGAUAAUUUUAUAUUUAACGUCAACUAUUCUAGAUCAUGCCGAGACAUGGAUGGAAUUUUCACUAAGAUCAUGGUGCACAGUGACGGCUUAAACUACCACGGAUCUUUCAGGGAGUUUGCUGUGGUAGACGCUCGACAACCAUACACAUCAUCUACAAUUUACAUGGCUGUAAAGAGUCCGGAGAAAUACCACACCGAAGCCAUAUUCCAAGCUUAUGACCCCUGUGGAAAUGUUUGUAAGCCAUAUUGCAAAAGAUUCGGGCACUUUCAGCCCUGUGACGGGUCUCUGAAACUUGAUAACUCGCCUCCCAAACUUUACGGGAUGGAUUAUGGCGAAGCCAUUCAAUUAGUUUGGGGCAUUACAAACGAAGGAAUACCCAAGUUCCGGCCUGAUAACAUUCAACUUCAGUUUGUUUGUAACUAAAAAUAAAUCUGCAUCUGUACAUUUAUUAAUCGUUACCAGUGAUGUAUAAUAAUAAUAUUACUAUAAGUAUAAAUAUACUCAUUGCUUGAUACGGCGCUCGUUUCGAUCAAUAAAUGCAUUUUGCAUUCGAGGUACUGGU